CAACAUUAUUCUACUCUAUGAGGGUAAGAGUUAUCCGUUGAGAUAACCGGAUUUCUAAAUGAAACUGCAAGAAAUGGCCCACUUGCAACAAGAACCAACCGCCAACCCUAGGCUAUCCUCUCGGAGACCAGCGGUGCGUCCCAUGCAUGAAAGCACCCUCACACUAACAGACUCGACAGACACGAAUUAUACCACAGUCAUGGCUGAGAGCUACAGUGGGCGAGACUCCAGAGGACAGCCGCUGAUAUUUUUCCUCAGAGAUCCACCGUUUCCCUCCCAGCAUGACAGCAAGUUGGACCUCAGCAAUGCAUUAACUACUUACACAGCAACACAUAGCAGGAACGUCCACUCUCCUAAGGACAUCAUUCCGUAUCCCUCCACUAUACAGCACAACGUUCUGCACAGCAGUAGGAAUAGGAAUUGGACCCGCAGCCAUGAAGGCUUGGCUAUGAAAGAGGUCACCAACCCCACUGGGUCGACCCUGUUCAGGAGCAGUUACCGUGACAGCCAUCAGAACCCCAGUUUGAGCAUCGGCCAUGGAGUCUCCCCAAUGGGUCAUCCCAUUUCCUGGCACAGUCAUGACAUUCUCACAGGAGAGGACAAGAGACCUGCAGGCCCAGGAAAACCUAAGACUGCCAGAGACGAUUCCCUGCAGGCACAGCGGCACUGGGAGACAGACAGCAGCACCCUCAGACUGUACUGAUAACUCAGGUCCACUGAAGGGUGAACGGCAACAGCCAACUGGAGUGCCAACAAAGGCCUGACGUAUAGGGAAUCAGCAGUGUACGGGAUCCUGAAGUUCACCGAUUGGUUCAUACCAAAGUAGAGACAUCAGACUCUUAACAAUAAAGAUACAACACCAGCA